AUGCUACCGCUGCUUCGACGGAACUGUAUUCCGAGUCCACCAGCACAUCACCAUCACUCAUCAGCCUCCGUCCCAGCCACCCCCGAACAGUCCCCCCAUGUACGCGCCCUCGUCUCCUACAACGAGCGCCUCCCGCGCCCGUUCCUCCUCCCGGGAAUCCACGUCGGCGAUCAUCCAAGACGGCGGAACGCAGCGCGCGCGGGGACGAACCUGGGGCAGAAUCCCUGGGCGUCAAACGAGACGGCGUCCGCGGGGGCCCGGCCGAUACGUCCGGCGGUAGCCCUCCACCCUCCUAUUGGGCACCAAUCGGGUGGAGCCCCCAGAUUGACACAGGCUCCCAGCCCAGAAGACGGGAUGCGUCCUUGCGCUGCUUCACUCAAGCGCUCGAGCGAUUUCGCGCGCGCCUAUGCAUGCCCCCUUCCUUUCCUUCCUGCCUUCGCCUUCUCCUAUCUUGCUUCCCAGUCCUCCCGAGAUGAAGCGAGAACUGAACUGCAAGGCAUCGGGAAGGCGUGUCGCAUGGAAGCGCCGGCGGUAGGAGAACCCGGACUGAGUCAUGAAUCGCGCGAGGCGGGGCUGGCGAGCUGGGGAAGUUCUGUCUAUAGAGCGGCCCACAAGCGCCCGUCGUGA